CCGAUUUUUGAUGUUUCAAUACAAACAUUUUGACAGCUAUCCGUAUACGAUUUAAAAAUUAUUGUGAGUAUUUUUUACAUACUGCUCUCCGUUUCGGUUAUAUAUUGACGGAAGAACUGUUGCCCCAAAUGAUCCCAAGGAAGUGCGUGAAUGUGUGCUAUCGGUCAUUGGUGUUGUGUGACGGGUAGAUUUAUACGAAAGUCGCAAAAUGCCCAAUGAUUUAUAAGGAAUAUUACUUUUAUGGUCUCAAAAACGUCCUUUUAGUUAUAGUUUAUCUUAUGUUAACUGUCCUACCUACAACGCAUUCAGCACCAUCAACGAUGAACCCCCCUAGGAAAGCGACUACUGCAAAAUGGCUGAGAAACUGCUUAACAGAAGUCAAUAUUGCCAAGGCCUAUGCGGAAAAUGAUAAGAUCAAUUUUACUGAGUACCCAAAUUAUGUGAACGGUACACCACUAUCAUGGCUGCCAGAUCUUGGGAAAAAAGUGGAUGACGACAUUCCUCAAGACGUUAUGGAUGAAUUAACGGUGGAAAGAGCUCUUCCAACUAUUUACACCAACCUUCAGAAGAUAGCCGCCGUUUUAGAAGACGUCAUCAAAGAGAUAAAAGACAAGCGUUUGCAAAAGUAUUUCGUAUCGAUACGAGACCUUAACUCCCACAUUUUCGAAGUUUUUAAACAAGUCAUGGGCUCGAUGGGUAUGCAUAUACCAACUGACGUUACGGAUUCCUCGGAAGCUGCUUUGCCCAUGGAGGCCAUACAGGCUUUCAGAGACGAGAACGAGACGGGUACCACUGCAUUUGCAACGAUCAUCUUCAGGGAAUGUAUCAAUAAUUAUCAGUAUGCAUCGCAGACUUUAUGUCACUUGAUAAAGCAAUUGGACCCGCGCGGGUGUUCUUAGGUGAAUGAUGAUGCAAAGGUUUUGUCGAAACGUUUCAUAAGGAAAUUCCUACAAUUUUUUGGUACGAACGAUAUUUAUGAUUAGCUAAGCAGCUUUGUUGUAAAUUUUUGAAAAUAAUUUUUUGGGACGAGAAUAAAUUUUUUUUAUUCGAAAAAAUAUUGUACUAUAUACAAAGUUUUUUAGCUAAUUUUGUGUACUUAAAAUUUAUACUUAAAAAAAAUGUUUGGAGAAUAUUUUCCUAUUAUACUUAACUGCCAUUGGUAUACUUAUUAAAUAAGGGUACUUAAAUGUUCACGUUUUUUGGAAUUUCGACAAAAACUGUUGUGUCAAUUUUGAAGAAUUUAAAGAGUAUAGAAAAAUUUUAAAUUUGACUUUUUUGAAUAUUUGAAAAUGAUAAAUGGAUUUUUUCUGUUAACAUCACUUGUUGUAAGGGUCGAUAAAACUGGUAACACCCCCACUAUUUUUUGAAUAAUUUUAGUUGGUCACGAUACUUAGAACUAUUUUUAAUAUUUUAAAAGCUUUUACAUUAUUUUUAUUAAAUUUAUUUUUUAAAAAUUAUGAAAAUAAAUUAAUUAAGAAUAUCCUGUGAAUCAAGCAUAUAUACAGUAUUUUUUACCAUGGGUCAAUUUAUAUCAAUUAGUGAAUAUUUUUUAAUUAAUUUGAAGAUUUACAAUUUUUUUUAUAUUUGAAAUUAAUAGGGACAAAUGGUAUGAAAAGUUUCUUUUUAAAACAAAAGGUUACAAGUAAUUUGAAGACAGAAACAUUCCAUUCUUCUUCACUAUUUAGUAGCCUUUCUAUACCCUCGUCUGGACAUAGGCCUUCCUAUAUCGAUUAUCCAGCAUAUAAACACAAGCGGACUGAAGUUUAAACCUUGUGGCAACCUAUUUGUAUGUUCAAAGGCACCGGUUUCUAGAAAAUCAUCAUUAGAUAUAAUGUUUACUAGGUAUGAACAUCUUUUUGUUCUUACGGAAGAAGUUUGAACUAAUUUGAAAGCAGAAUUAUCAAACAAACAACAAUUCCCAUUCUUUAUCUCUUUACUAGCCUUUCUGUACUCUCGAUUGUAAUUCAUAUAAACAAAAUUGAAGUAAAGUUUGAACCUUGUGGCACUCCAUUUGGUAUGUUCAAGGAUACAGACUUUAUGAAUAUCAUAAUUAUAGAUAACACAGGUUUUCAAAAAAAAAUGUCCGGACUAUUUGACC